AUGGAGAAUGAUCGCAUUCCCAAAGUAAGUAAAGAGACCUUACGGAAAGAAAUAAAAGACGAUUUAAAAUUUACAUAUGCCAAAAGAUCCCGUAAAUCUGUCUUAAUAGAAAGAGAAGAUUUAGUCUCAUGGCGACGAAGAUAUCUUCGCUCAAUUAGAGAGGUUCGUUCUGCCCACAAAAAGAUCUAUUAUCUGGACGAAACGUGGGUGAAUGGCGGUCACACAGUAUCUAAAAUCUGGCAAGAUACUACUGUAACGAGUCAUCGUCAAGUAUUUGUGGACGGUUUGUCGACGGGGUUACGAGGACCAACAGGAAAAGGGCAAGGACUGAUUGUCGCCCACAUAGGUAGUGACAGUGGUUUUUUAGACGACAGUGCUCUAGUUUUUGUAUCCAAAAAAACGGGUGAUUAUCACGAAGACUUGGACGCCCAACAUUUUGAAAAGUGGUUUGAAUCCCUUCUAGCACGAGUCCAUCCAAAUUCGGUCAUAGUGAUGGAUAACGCUGCUUAUCACAGCCGAUUAGUGGAGCAACUGCCAACUAUGGCCACCAAAAAAGCACACAUGCAGAGUUGGCUAGGGCAAAAAGGAAUUCCAUUUUCCCAGGACAUGGUUAAGGCUGAACUUAUGAGUGUUAUUAAACAGCAUCGUAACAAAUAUCGCCAGCAUGUUGUUGAUACAAUGGCUCGUGCUAAAGGCAUCACCGUUUUGAAUCUCCUCCUUACCAUUGCGAGUUGA